AUGCUGUCCAUCUACUGCAAUGCCUAUCUGACCGUCGCUGCUUCGAGAGCCAAGGACACCUCUGAAGGACUCUUUGGAGAGAGGCCGACUAGGGAAUACGUUGAGUUCGGGUACACAUCUGGUGACCUACAAGGGCAAGCUUUGGCGUUUAAUCUACCCCUCCACGAAGAAGCCAUCUCCAGCGACUACCUAUCUAUGCCGGAUGAGCCACUCUCGGAUCGCGCCUGGGGUCUACAGGAACGUGUUCUGUCACGUCGGAUGCUUCUUUAUGGCACUCAGCAACUGUUUUUCGAAUGCAACGAGGGAUUUCGAGGGGAAGAUGGUCUGUCCAUCAAAGACCGAUUCAAGAGUGUGCACGAGAAGUUGGAAGAAGAGUCCGAGGGAAUGGAACAACACCGAAACGAGGCCAGUUGUGAUGACGAAAAGAUUUCCAACAAUAAAGCGGCAUUGCUGGGAUCAUGGUACAGCCUUCUCUGGUUAUACGGACCACGGAAACUCACAAACGCCUCUGAUAAACUCCCCGCCAUUUCUGGUCUUGCUAGCGUCUUUGCAAAACGGCUUGACGACGAAUACGUGGCUGGUCUUUGGCGUUCCCACCUCAUAGAAGGACUUCUAUGGCAAGGGUUGAGAUGCAGACGAGUGCAAGAGUACAGAUCGCCUUCUUGGUCAUGGGCAUCCAUGGAUGGAAUUCCCGGCCUAGGCGUCGAACAGGAUUACGAUACCUUGGCCAAGGUCCUGGACGUCAAGGUGAAUCUUAAAGGCGUAAAUCCUUACGGCGAGGUCACUGACGCAAGGAUCAAGAUACGGGGGCCAAUGGAACGUCUCUAUCUUGCUAUCGAGGACUGGGACCCUAAUAAAGCAGGCUUCCCUUAUGACAACAAUCCGAAAGUGCGUACUGCAAACGGCAAACCUGAGGGUACCCACUCCCGCUUUGACUUUGACUUCACAGCUGAAGAUGCUCCGCAGGAGGCGCUGAAGAUUGUGAAGAGUUUAGAGGGGGUGGAGAUUUUUGCUUUGAUGUUGUUGAAGGUGACGGAGGGGAGUUACGAUGAUCAAUACCAGGCUUUGAUUGUUUCAAAGGUGAAGGGAGGCGAAGAAUAUCAGAGGCUAGGGUUUAUUUUCCUUGAUGAGGAGACGUUGGGACGAAGACCGGAGGAGCAGGCUGAGGAGGAAGCGCCUAUAGUUACGCUUGUGUAA